UCCGUAUUUUAAUGUUUUAUAUAAACUUCCUGUUUCCGUAAAGGUGAAAACAAUCAAAUCUCAAAGAGAAAAGCUUUUUGUAUUUCAUUGAAGCAUCGUCAACUGCUGAUGACAACGAUGCCUCUUUAUGUCAACAUCUUAACACCAGCAACUUCAAGAUUAUUAACGAGUUUUGGCAGCUCUCGACUCCAUCAAAUGUUGAGAAACACACACCGAAGAUGCUUGUCGACGUUACGACUUGGAAAUACUCGAUGUCAAACUCGUACUGCAUUGGACAAAUUAAGUGCUUCUAUAAUAAUGGCAAGGGGUGCACAAUUGACUUCACAGUACAUUCGCAUCCCUGCCUUUUGUUUGUCAGUACAAGGAUUCACUACCAGCUCACAAAGUAACGGCAUGUCACCUGGAGAAAUGAAAAGACAACUCCAGUCUGAUUCUGGAAUGUAUGGUGUGAAAAUUCAAGGACGAACAUAUGAUAUAAGAAAUACGUCAAAACUUGUGACCUCAUUCUCGUAUUUACCUGGAUAUGAGCUGAACAGGCUAUGGCUUUUACAUGUGUUUCCACAAUAUUAUUUAGGAAAAAUUGAUACAGUUUUCUCUGCACAAGAAUUCAUUGGGGGAGCAGACAUGGCUGUGGAACCCAUACUCGAGGCUGCUGGAAGCGGAAACUUCGAAGAACUUUAUAACUUCAUGGAUGAAGAGACUGUAGAGGAGAUGAAGAUUAACCGCAAGAAUGUUAAUGUAGAACUAGUCAAUAUGCUGACACAAGAUGUCAUCUGUGACAUGGCAUUUCAGAACGAACGCACACUGUGUUCAUGUGAUAUUGAACAGCUUAAUGACGGAGGGUCCUCACGAGUCAGCAUAACUGGCGUUCUGCGAGGUGAUGCCAUGAUUUCCACAGAGAUGGGUCAGCACCUGUACCGGGCCAUCUCCCCUACAUAUACAUGGAUCAGCAGACCACACGAAAUCCCUAUGAACCUAAACAUCCAUUUCCUAUUUAGGUGUGUUAGGGAGUAUACUGACGAUGAAGCACACCAGGACUGGGUCAUCAACGGAUUCACCUUCACCUUGGAUGUCCCCGACCUGUUUAUAGCCUACAUACUUUAAUUGUGGAUUAUACUUAUGAUGAUUAAAUUGAUACUGACUUUCA